UACUGGAAGCCUCAUACUUCUGCAAGAAUGAAAACCCUCUUGGCCUGCCUUCUUGUUCUUGCCAUUAGUGUGCCACUGUCUGAUGCUUCUUGCUUCUUUAUGGCAUGCAAGCCAGGGAUGUCUGGUGGUGUGACUGUAGGCUGCCUUGACUGGGAAGGAGAGCUGCGUGAAUUUGGUUCCGAGUGGAGGACAGAUGACUGCAAUGAUUGCUCCUCUUCCAGGGAUGGAAUUCGGUGCUGCUCCAGCUAUGCAACACCAGUUGACUACGAUAAAGAGAAGUGUGAAAGCAUUUUCAACAAGGAGACCUGCUCUUAUAAAGUAGUGGAGAAAGAUGAUCACUCAAAAGAAUGCCCAGUCCAUUCCUGGGUGGGGUAAC